AUGUCUAGUAGAGGUAGAGGUAGAGGUAGAGGAGCUAGAGGCACCAAUGACCUCAUGGAGCGCAUGGCUCAGAUUGUGGAAGCUAUGGUGCACAAUCAAGGCAGAGAGUUGGCUGAGUAUCGAGGGUUAUCUGCCUUCACUAGGCAUGAUCCUCCAAAGUUUGAGGGUGGAUUCAACCCCGAAGGAGCUCAAAGGUGGGUGGUUGAUGUGGAGAAGAUUUUUAAUGCAAUGGGAUGUCGUGAGGAGAACAAGGUUACCUAUGCCACCUACUUGCUGUGUGGGGAGGCUGAGGACUGGUGGAGGUUUGUCGGUCAGACCCUACCACAAGAGGAUGGCUACAUCCAGUGGAAAGCAUUCAAGGCCACCUUCCUUGCGAACUACUUUCCCCGGGACCUAAGGAAGUAG